ACAGCUGGAACACGGCUGGAGCACAGCUGGAACACAGCUAGAGCACAGCUAGAGCACUGCUGGAACACAGCUAGAGCACAGCUGGAACACGUCUGAACACAGCUGGAGCACGGCUGGAACACGGCUGGAGCACAGCUGGAACACGGCUGGAACACGGUUGAACACAGCUAGAGCACGACUGGACACACCUAGAGCACGGCUGGAACACAGCUGGAACACGGCUGGAACACGGCUGAACACAGCUGGAGCACGGCUGGACACAGCUGGGGCACAGCUGGAGCUCCGGCGCAGCGCAGCAGCAGCGGGGCCGGACGGGCUGAGCCGAGCGCUCGGAGCCCUUGGCAGCUCCGCUCAGAGGUUUGGCCGCAGCUGGAGGAAGGAGCCAGCAAGGAAGCGAUCGGGGUGAGACACGGGUGAGUCACGGCACAACGGCACCGAGCUGCUGCCCUGCGGGGCCGGGGCACUGCGGCUCCGCGGCACGGGCAGUUUUUAGGUUGUUCACCAUGAGUGUGGCUGUGCUCCUGCUCCUGGGGCUGGGGCUGCAGGUGGCAGAGGGCAGGAGGAACAGAUGUUUCUUCAACCGCACUCAGGAGUUCUGUGUGUGCUACAACCUGUCCGAGGAGACUGCUGGCAGCAUCAUCCAGUGCCUCCCAGCAACCACCGUGGAGUUCUGGGGUGGAGACCUGGAGAAAUACGCAGCCUUGCCCAUCAGGGACCUGGACGACUCCGUCAUUGACACUCUGGGCUCCCUUAUCAUCCAGAAAAUAAUUAUUGGAAAUGUCCUGGUGCCCGAGAUGCUCCUCGCCCGUGUGCUGAGGUUCUUCUCCUACACCCACGUGCAGGAGCUGGCCUUUGAGAGCUGCAUUUUCCAGGGCACAGGCGAUUGGAGUGACAUGGAUGGGCAGAACUUGCCCAUCCUGUCUCUGAGCUUCCACAACGUGACCUCAGCCCCGCUGACGGGCCGUGAGCAGGCCUUCUCCAGCCUGAGCAGGUGGCUGGAGAGCCUGCAGGAGCUGGCUGUCACCGGCUCCGGUGUCACCAGCCUGCCCUGUGCCGUGGGGAGGCUGUUCAGAGCCCUGCGCUCCCUGAGCCUGGCACACAACAGCCUCGGGGACGGGAGCCUGAGCCCCGCCUUCUGCCAGGGAGCCUUCCCUCAGCUCCAGCAGCUGAGUCUGCGCCACAACAACCUGAGCUCCUACCACGGCGUGUGCCAGGGCCUGGGGCUGCUGACGGAGCUCCAGCACCUGGAUCUCAGCCACAACGAGCUCGUGGCAGGCCCAUCCUCCUCCUGCCGGUGGCCACCAUCCCUCUGGCACUUCAACCUGUCCAGCACGGGCCUGGAGGAAGUGCCAGCACCGCUGCCCCCCCGCCUCGAGGUGCUGGACAUGAGCCACAACCACCUCCACGCUGUGGACAUCUCCCUCAGCUCCAUGAAGAAGCUCUUCCUGAAUCAAAACCUGCUGCAGGCCGUGCCCUCCAUCAGGAAUUACCCCGUGCUGGACACCCUCCACCUGGACAACAACUCCAUCUGGGAGCUGCCCAGGGACGAGGUGAAGCUGCUGGGGCGCCUGCAGGACGUGGCUGUGGCUGGCAACCCCUUCAGCUGCUCCUGCUCGGGGGCCGGGGGGCUGCAGGCGCUGGCAGCCACGGGGCACCUGGGGCAGGGCUGGCCCGGGGGCUACAGGUGCCACUCCCCGGCGCGGUACCAGGGCUGGCAGGUGGCACAGGUGCCCGUGUCCGUGCUGCGCUGUGACCUCGCCGCCGUGGUGGCCCCGCUCUGCGUGGCCCUGGCCCUGCUGGCUGUGGCUGGGGCUGUGUGCCUGGCCAGGAGCAGAGUGUGCCACAGAGCCUGAGGGGCACUGGCGCCCUGCCCUGGCAGGCUCUCGGCUCCCCGUGCUGCUGAGGGGCUCUCGCUGUGCCCAGAGGGGCUCCCUGCUGGAGCAGGGCUCUCCACAGGGUUUUCCUGCUGUGCCUGUGCCCUAGCAGUGAGCCCUGGAUGGGGAAUAAUGAGCAUUGAUUGACUCCAUGAUUGCAGAAGGCUGAUCAAUCACUUUAUUCUACUAUAUUGUACUGUACUAAUAAGAAAAAACCCAUCGCCCUUGCAGUCACACACAGCUUUGACCUAAUUGGUCAAUUAAUCUAACAUCAUCACCAGUGGCCAAUUAAAAAAUCAUCUUUUGGUAAAACAAUCUCCAUAGCACAUUCCACACGUGCGCAACAACAGGUGCAGCAAGUGGAGAUGAGAGUUGUUUCUCAUUCUUCUCUCUGAGUUUUCCCAGGAACAUCCUGGGAGAGCUAUGUCUGUCUCUGCUCAGAGGAUGUGUGAUUUCCACAGGACUGUGCCCAGCUGGGCCCUGGGCACCCCUCACCUCCAGCCCUGUGCCCUGCUCUGACCCACAGCCACAGCCUCCCACUGGGGAUGUCCCUGCUGGUCCCCAAGCCCAGCACGCCCCGCUGUCCCUGCCAUGUCACCUCCCUGGACAGGAGGAGCUCAGAUCCCACUGGCAGCACUCAGAUGUCCCCAGCCUUGCAGGGCUCUGCUGGUCCCUGCCCAGAGCCCCCCACACCUUUCAGCCCCUGCAGUCCAGGCAUCCUUGGAGCCUCCACGGAUGAUCAUCCCUCUCCUCACCCCAGACUCUGGCUGGGCCAGGAUGUCAGGGCUGGCAGGAUGCUGCUUGGCUGCUCUUCAGCCUAAGAGAAAAACCAAAAACCCCUGAAAAACAGGAAAAUGCCUAAAUUAAACACCCUGCACACAAGUGCUAACGAGCUGGAGCAGCUCCUUGCACCCUGACCUGAGGCUCUGGUGG